GGCUGCGCACUUCCGGCCGGUGGCAGGGCCGCUUCACAUCGCCUUUUCCGCCGCCACCCCCGCGAUCCCGGCUCCACUCCCAGUCGCAGCGCCGAUCGCAGGUCGGUUCCGGCAGGCCAAGCGUCGCUUCGGAGCGCAGUGGCAGCUGACUGCGCGUUCUCGAUCCCCUGGGACUCGACAGCUUCUCCGCCGUUAUGAACAUCCGCAAUGCGAGGCCCGAGGACCUGAUGAACAUGCAGCACUGUAACCUCCUCUGCCUGCCCGAGAACUACCAGAUGAAAUACUACUUCUACCAUGGCCUCUCUUGGCCCCAGCUCUCCUACAUCGCUGAGGAUGAGAAUGGGAAGAUUGUGGGAUACGUCUUGGCCAAAAUGGAAGAGGACCCAGAUGAUGUGCCACACGGACAUAUCACCUCACUGGCGGUGAAACGUUCCCACCGGCGCCUCGGCCUGGCUCAGAAGCUGAUGGACCAGGCCUCUCGGGCCAUGAUCGAGAACUUCAACGCCAAAUACGUCUCUCUGCAUGUCAGGAAGAGUAACCGGGCCGCCCUGCACCUCUAUUCCAACACCCUCAACUUUCAGAUCAGUGAAGUAGAGCCCAAGUACUACGCAGACGGGGAAGACGCGUACGCGAUGAAGCGGGACCUGACUCACAUGGCCGAGGAGCUGAGGCGGCACCUGGAGCUGAAGGACAAGGGCCGGCACGUGGUGCUGGGCGCCAUCGAGAACAAGGUGGAGAACAAAGGCGGUUCGCUUCCGAGCUCGGGAGAGGCCUGUCGCGAGGAGAAGGGCCUGGCGGCUGAAGACAGCGGUGGGGACAGCAAGGACCUCAGCGAGGUCAGUGAGACCACCGAGAGCACCGACGUCAAGGACAGCUCGGAGGCCUCUGACUCGGCUUCCUAGAGCCUGCCCUGGCCCGCCGUCCUGCCCGGAGCUCUCCAAAUAAACUUCACCCCGUGGUCCUGGGGAA